AUUAUUGACAGUAACUCAAACAACUGAGGCAACAGGACUGCAUGGUUUACUUUCACACAGGACAGGGACAGAGUGGGAGAACUCAACCACACCACCAGCACCCUGGAUAAAGAAAUUAACUGCAAAUUGUGGAAUGGUCCAACUACAGCCCCAUCUCUCUGUUGAUUCUCAUAUGAGCCAACAUCAGGAAUAGAAACCCCAGCUGCCUCGGUGCUCCAUUUUGACUGGAUCUUACAAAAAAAAAAAAGAAAACCUUACGGCACAUACCAACCCAUGAGUCACUCAAAAAGCCAUGCCUGUCGCUGUGAGGAGGAAAAGCUGGGAAGAACAUGUGACUCACAGGACUGGAUUACAAUACAGCUUCGAUGACCUGGACAUACUCAGCUGUCACGGAAUUGCGCAAAAUGGCCGCCAGUUGGGUUCGGACAUUUCCAGGUCGGGGCGCAGGGAGAGGUGCGCGUCCCUGCCAGAGUGUUGCCAUGAGUUACGGACUAGCAGGCUUCCGUUCACCCAAGCGCAGGUGAACUCUGUGAACGCGGAUGAGGAUAUCACCCUCUCAGAAGCAGGGAACUUUGUGCCCAUGGAGGGCAGUACGGAAACGCUGGUGUUUGAGCCCGAUGAUAACUCCACUGAUGGAGCCAGCGACUCCAGCUCCACUGAGCCAGACCAGACCGGGCCACGGGAGACCAGGCCCUCUGGUAAGUAUACGCCUCCCACUGAGACUCCAGGGGACAGGGCGGAUGUCGGAGAGAGCGUCCCUGAGGACGGAUCAGAGACAAGUGACCAAACAGCGAGGUCAGGGCACAAGCAGGGUCCCACGCCAGCCACGGGCUCUCAGAAACACUGGAGCGACCAAACGGCCGUCACUCCUGCUGUUGCCGACUCCCAACAAGAGUCCGCCAAACGCCUUGACCCGUCUCCUCACGACGCUGCUGACGCACAAGCCACCGGGACGUUGGGCAACGUUUCAGAGGAUGACGCAAUCACCGGCCAGGAGGCCAGGAGCCAUACCGAGGCCUCACCACUGCACACAACUGAACUGUCACCCAGUCGAGUCCAAGCAGGAGGGAAAACGGCAAUGGAGCAAUGCACCAGCACGAUCUCUAGUAGCGAAAUGAUCAGUGACGGGCCACUCUCUGGAGCCACAGGUGUCCCAGACUGCCACAGUGUGAAUUCAAAUAUCAGCAUAUUCAUUCGCAAGGACUCAAAUUCUGACACAACCGACGGUCGAACAAUAGAGGUUGACAAAUCAGUCUGUGGAGUGGAUAUAGCACAUGAAGUACCUUGUUGUGAAGGAGUGGGCUGCCAAAGCUAUCAGGAGAAACCAGCAAAGCAGUCAGGAGAAUCCACCAACGCGACCUCAAAUAUGGAUAUAAUCGGUGAGGUUCCCCACUCGGAGAGAAACCCCAGUGAAGCAGGGGAGACCCAAAUAGAAGCCAAGUCCAACGCUUGUAAGGAGGAAGAAAGCAUGGUUAAAUUACGCAAAAGAAAGGGGUCGAAAGAAGAGAGGGAGCGAUCGCACUUAGACUCCAUGAUACUCCUGAUCAUGAAACUGGACCAGCUGGACCAGGACAUCGAGAACGCUCUGAGCGCCACCUCCUCCAUGACCAACACACCCAGCCUGAAGAGACGAAAUGUCCACGGGAUGGAUGCAGAGGCAGUAAACGGAGGGGAUGCCUUCCACUCAACGCAUCAACAAAACCUCGUCCCUCACAUGAUUUACUCCACUCUGACAUCACCGGGAUCCACGACAUCACCUGGAGAGAAACCCAGGACUGGGACAAUGCCGUCUAUUUCAGAAAAUGACAGAGCUGAGAUCGAGGCCAAGGAGGCGUGUGAUUGGCUGAGGGCAGCUGGGUUCCCACAGUAUGCGCAGUUCUACGAAGAUUCCCUGUUCCCCAUCGAAAUCUCCUCUGUGACCAGGGACCAUGACUUCCUCGACCGGGAUGCUAUCGAGGCCUUAUGCAGGCGGCUGAACACCCUCAAUAAGUGUGCUGUGAUGAGGCUGGAAAUAUCUCCACAGAGAAAGCAGAGUGAAGACUCUGAUGAGGAUGAACCGUGUGCCAUCAGCGGCAGGUGGACCUUCCAGAGGGACAGCAAGCGCUGGUCUCGGGUGGAGGAACUCGACGUCUUCUCGCUCCCGGGAGAGCCUGGAUCUCCGCCCGUUGUCGAGGGCUCUGAGGCUGGGCUGAAAGUGGGCGUUAGUGCCGAGAGCGUCCUGAGUGACCUCAGUGAGCAGCCGGAGAUCAGCUCCCUGGGGAGCAGCACCGGGAGCCAGGGGGCUGCUCCACCGACCGCCCGGACCGACUCGGUGACCAGCGUCUGCUCCUCCGGCGACUCUGCACCCAACGAGGACUGCUUCUCCGAAGGCCUGCCCUCGCCGAAGGAGCUGUCCGUCCUGGCCGUCAACGGCAAGCCGGGCGGCAAGAGCACGCGCUCCAAGGCCAAGAGCUUCCUGAAACGGAUGGAGAGCCUGCGUCUCAAGAGCUCACCCAGCAAAAAGAAGAAGGUGAUGUCCAAGCUGAUGAUCGGCGAGCCCGUGCUGCAGGAGGGCGUGGACCAGGAGAAGCUUCGGAUGCUCAACUGCGUGGAGAUCUCCAGCCUCAACGGUCCAGAGGGCCCCAGGAGCCGCAGCGUCUCCUACUCCGCCCAGACCAGCAGCAGCAGCAGCAGCAGCCAAUCGGAGGCCGGCAGCAGUGCGGUGAGCACCCCCAGUCCUGUGACCCGGGCCAGGAGCCGCAGCACGGCCUGCUCCAACAACAACAAGCGCGGGGGGAUGUACCUGGAGGGCUUCGACCCCUUCAGCCAGCUCCUCCUGCAGCCGUCCCUGGAGGAGGAGCCUCCGGGCCAGGGCGCGGGACGGGCGGAGGGGGACGUGGUAGCGGAGCAGAACCGGCGCAACCGGAAGCAAGCGCCGACCUUGGCGGAGGACGAGGAAGAGGAGGAGGAUGUUAUUUUCUUCAUCCCGGAGGGCCACAAGCCCGGGACGUUCCCCAAGGCCCUGCACAACGGCAGCCCCCGCCUCCGGCUGCGGCGGGAGAGCAGCGACGACAGCUCCAAGGGCUCCACCCGCCGGAACUCGCUGGGCUCCCUGGACAGCCGGCUCAGCUUCUACGACAACGUGCCCUCCCCGCUGCUCCUCCCGGACCGAGAGGAGGAGGGAGAGGACGGGGAGGGGCAGGCCCACUACCCAAAGCUGGACGACAUCCUGCAUCACGUGCGCGGCCUGCAGCGGUUCGUCAACGAGUGGUCGGAGCAGACCUGCGAGGAGGGCGGAGACUCCGACUCCGCCCUGGACUCGGUCUCGCCCUGCCCCUCCUCCCCGCUCCAGAACCACAUGGAGGAGAACGGGAGCGACCUCGACAGCACGGGAAACUCCGUCAGCGAGCAGGACGAGACCAUGACCGUGCGCGAGAGGCGCGAUUCGGGUGUCGGGGCCUCGCUGACCAGAUCGAACAGACCCCAGAAGCUGCGCUGGCACAGUUUCCAGAGCUCCCAUCGGCCCAGCCUCUCCUCAGCCCUGCUCCAGAUCAGCUGCCAGUCCGUCCUGCAGAUGAACCUGCUCCAGAAGUUCUCCCUGCUCAAGCUCACCGCCCUGCUGGAGAAGUACACCCCCACCAACAAGCACGGCUUCAGCUGGGCCGUUCCCAAGUUCAUGAAGAGGAUCAAGGUGCGAGACUACAAAGACAGGAGCGUUUUCGGGGUGCCCCUCCAGGUGAACGUCCAGCGCAGUGGACAGCCCCUGCCCCAAAGCAUUCAGCAGGCCAUGCGUUACUUACGCAACCAGUGCCUGGACCAGGUGGGCCUGUUCAGGAAGUCGGGGGUGAAGUCGCGCAUCCAGGCGCUGCGUCAGAUGAACGAGGCGUGCGGCGAAGCCGUCAGCUACGAGGGGCAGUCGGCCUACGACGUGGCGGACAUGCUCAAGCAGUACUUCAGGGACCUGCCCGAGCCUCUCCUCACCAGCAAACUCUCCGAGACCUUCCUGCAGAUCUACCAGUACGUGCCCAAAGACCUGCGUCUCCAGGCCAUCAAGGCGGCGACUCUGCUGCUGCCCGACGACAACCGUGAGGCCCUGCAGACGCUGCUGUUCUUCCUGAGUGAUGUCACCGCCAACGUGGCCGAGAACCAGAUGACCAGCACCAACCUGGCGGUGUGCCUGGCCCCCUCCCUCUUCCACCUCAACACCCUGAAGAGAGAGAACUCCUCCCCCAGGGUGAUGCACAGAAAGCACAGUCUUGGAAAGCCGGACCAGAAGGACCUGAACGAGAACCUGGCUGCUACGCACGGGCUGGCACACAUGAUCGCAGAGUGCAAGAAACUCUUCCAGAUUCCAGAGGAAAUGAGCCGCUGCCGGAAUUCCUACAUGGAGCAGGGUCUGCACCCGCCCAAGCUGGAGGACCUGGGAGAGCCUGGCCCAGAACAGCAUUCUGGGUAUCGUAGUUUCGUGAAGGAGGGCCUGGAAAGCCUGCUGAAGGAGGCCAGGGACAAGUUUAAGGGCUACGACAGCUACUCCACCCCAGAACAGACCGAGCUGGCCUGCAAGAAGGUGCAGGACGGAUACCCUCUGCGCGUAUGGAAGGCCGUGGUGGAGGUCCCGGCUGCCCCAGAGGAGGUUCUGACCCGGGUUCUGCGGGAGCGGCACCACUGGGAUGAGGACCUGCUGGAGGCCAAGGUGCUGGAGAAUCUGGGGAACCAGACGGAGGUCUACCAGUACGUCCAAAACGGCAUGGCACCGCACCCCACUCGAGACCACGUGGUUCUGAGAACGUGGGCAACUGAUUUGCCCAAGGGUGCGUGUGCGAUACUGGGCCGGUCCGUAGACCAUGAUGGAGCUGCACUGAUGGGCGUGCGGGUCAACGUGCUAACCUCCCGCUACUUCAUCGAGCCCUGCGGGGCCCACAAGUCCCGGCUCACCUACAUCUGCAGGACAGACUGCAGGGGCCGCUUCCCGGAGUGGUACAAUAAGAUGUUUGGGCACACGUGCGCAGCAGAGGUGGUGCGGAUCAGAGACUCCUUCACCAAUCAGCCGGAGAAAUGAGCGAAUCACAGCACAGGCGGGUGUCGGUCGGGCGGUCGCCAUGACGCCCAGCGACUCUGCCCCCUAAAGGAGGGGGGGUGAGGGGGCGUCCCCCGCGGUGACCCUGCCAGGAGGAGACGUGCACUCCGCAGGCUGUGAAUGAGCUUACGGCACGGACUGAGCGUUUUACGGCACCGGCCCAAACUGUGCCUGCCCUCCCCCUGCCCCUCCCCCGCACCCCCUUUCUGUGUCUCUAAAGCUGCUUUGUUUGAGUGACAGGUCACCCCCCCACCACCACCACCACCACCUAGAACAGACUUGGACCUGAACACUUAUGUUGCUAUGGGCAACAUUGUGGCGGCACAACAGGUGGUUGUAGCUGCUUCCGGGAAGCAGUGGAACUUACUGGAACCUGUGUGCGAGGUUAAACACGCUCUGUGUGCGAGGGUAAACACGUUCUGUGUGCGAGGUUAAACACGUUCUGUGUGCUCUGUCUCCGACACCAUAUGUGAAUGCCUUUCAGAUUCCUGCCAGCAGGGGGCGCAAUGCGGCACGUGUGAUACUGCGACUGUGCUGUGGCGCUUUGGUUUGGGUGGACUGUACUGAGAGUAGAUGCAUGGAAAGGAGGUAAAGAUGGCUGCUCGUAGAGCAGGGGUGGUGUGGGUGCAGGUUUGUGUCUUAGCCCAGCACUAAGACACCCGAUUCUACUUACCAAUGUCUUGAUUGAAGACCAUGAUUAGUUAACGGUGUUGUAGUGUUGUGCUGAAACAAAAACCUGCACCCACACCGACUCUGUUUGGGUAAGAUUAAACACCCCUGGUGUAGAGGACCGCAGGCCAGGUAGUGAUGGCUGGGUCACCAAUAGGUUAGAAGGUAACAUGGAGUUUGCCUGUAUGUGAAAAGCAAGAAGGACCAAAGCUUUACAAUUUACACUUUUAAGAUCGCAAGGAAGAGAGACGCUCAGUUUUGACAAGAGCCGAAACUGUAUUUGGUCUCAUUGCACAAAGAAAGCUGUUUGGGAAUGUUUUUAAAGACAAUCCACAUUUUAUACACUCAUAUCAAGAGACUUGGGGCCAGUUUCACAGACGCAGAUUAAGCCUAGUGCCACACUAAAUUCAGUUUUGAACCGAGAUUCUCCACACAAAACACAAUUUAGUCCAGGACUAAAAUUAAUCUGCCCAUGAAGCUGGCCCUUUGUGUUUAUAAGCAUCAACUAUACAGUAAUUGAAUUACUGUACGUCGAAUUACAGUUGAAUAUCUCAAUUGUACAUCGCAUUAGCAGUCCUUCACAUCAGGAUCGAUAUGUUUCUGUCCAGCAUGGUUAGGAAGACAGUCAGUUGCGCUUUUAGAAUAAUUUCACAAACGUGCAGCUUUAAAAAAUAUUAAUUCAAAUAGAAUAUCCAUGAUGAUAAUCGGCUUGAUAUUAGAUCAACAGAUAAAGCCAGUCUGUUCUGUCUGUUUCAUAAGAAUCUCUAUAAUUACUGGUUUUUAAACUUUAAAUUAAUAAUUGGUCCUUUUAUAAAGGUGAUUUUAUACAGGUUUUACUGUAAAAACACAAAGAUGUAGAAAAAUAUUGUAUCUAAUUUAAGGUGGACAGCCAAAUGGCAAUGUACAAUCAUAUCAUUAAAAGAAGGAAAGUGCUUUAUGUAUGCUUCUUACAUACCCGUAUCAGUGUUACAUAAUAUGAAGUUAAAAUGAAAAUAAUUCAAAAUAAGCUUUAAAAAAAAAAACAUUUUCAGCUUCUGCAAAAAAUAUUGUUAAAUAUGCAAUUAAUUUUAUGUAAAUACUGUCGUAUUCCGAACAUGCACACUUUAACUGUAUACUGCCAAAAUGCAAGUAACGCAUGACAAUACAUAAUAAUUUAACAUAUUCAUGUAUUUAUACCUCAGAUAUUUUUUGUAUCUUGUGUCCUUUUAUUGUAAAUGUUGUGUGAAAGGUAUGGUUAAUAAAUGUCUUAUCAUUUGUAUUAUUUCUGUACAGACUAUCAACAUUAAAUGCACUAUUAAAUGUGUCAAAGUGAAAA